UUCAUGGGUUACUCUUUCUUGUGGGCUAGAUAAAAUUGAUGAACUCUCUGUGGCUAAUUAGGGCAUUUUCUCAAUUUUUCAUUUGCUCCCAAAAGACCCUCAUUUCAAAAAUAUUUUUGUAGCUGAUUUGAUCGAUUGCAAUGGCAAAAGAAGAGAAGAAAGAGAAAGUGGAGGAGAUUACAGCUAUUUACAAGGUUCAUUUACACUGCCCUAAAUGUGCUGAUGAUAUUAGAAAGCCUCUUCUCAGAACCCCAGGGGUUCAGAGUGUGGAUGUCAAAUUUGAGAAAGGUGAAAUUACAGUGAAAGGUGUGAUCGAUGAGAAGAAAAUUCAUAAACAAAUUGAGAGGUUGAGUAAGAGAAAGGUUGAGAUUUUACCACCUCCAGCCAAAGGCAAGGAAAUUGUUGAAAAGACAAAGGAAACCAAAAAACCCACGGUUACCACAACAACAAUAAAAGUUUUUAUGCACUGCAACAAAUGUGAGCAAGACCUACGGAACAAGCUACUAAAGCACAAAGGUAUUCACAAUGUUAAAACCGACAUGAAAGCGCAAACAAUAACAAUUGAUGGAAUUAUAGAAUCUGAAAAGCUCGUGACAUACAUGAAAAAGAGGGUGCACAAACAUGCAGAGAUUAUACCUCCAAAAAAGGAGGAAAAAAAAGAGAAAGAAAAAGAAAAAGAAAAGGAGAAAAAGGAGGAAAAGAAAGAGAAGAUUAUACCUCCAAAAAAGGAGGAAAAAAAAGAGAAAGAAAAAGAAAAAGAAAAGGAGAAAAAGGAGGAAAAGAAAGAGAAGGUUACGGUGGAAGUGAAAACUACAGAAACGACAAAGAUUGUAGAAUUCACAGAAGAGAAGAAAGUGGAAGCGAAAACAGCAGAGGGAAAAGUUCCGUACUUUGUUCACUAUGUUUAUGCUCCUCAAAUGUUUAGUGAUGAAAAUCCAAAUGCUUGCUCAAUAAUGUAGUUGAUCAACAUGUUUGUGUAUGGUAGUUUUGCAAUUGCAUGGAACAUCGAAUAAUUUCCAGUUUAAUUUUAAUGUUAUGUAUAUGACUACCGAACCACAAUUUU